UCACACAUUCAGCAUUAGAUUCUUACCUGCAAACACAUUUUCCCGCCCUCUUCAUAGUUCCGAUAGAGAGAGAGAGAGAGAUCUUCAAUGGAGGCGAGCGUGGUUGUUGAGGAGGCCAAGAAUGCCUCAGAGAGACUCAGCAACAACAAGAAGCCAGCUGUUGUAGUUGAUGUUGGUGUCGAGGGCAAUGCUGCUGCUGCUGCUGCUGCUACCGAGUCUUACAAGAAGAAGAAGAAUCACAUUCAGGUCUCCAACACCAAGAAACCCCUCCUCUUCUAUCUCAAUCUUGCCAAGAGGCUCAUAAAACAGUACAACGAUAUCGAGCUCUCCGCCUUAGGCAUGGCAAUUCCUACUGUUGUCAUAAUCGCUGAGAUUCUCAAACGUAAUGGAUUGGCGAUCGAGAAAAGGAUAACGACAUCUUCUUUUGGUGCAAUGGAUGGUCAGAAAGGCCGGAUGAUCCACAAACCACAGAUUGAGAUUGUGCUGGAAAAGGCUGACAAGACCACUGUUGCUACGGCAUGAAAGAAGUCUGCUGAUCAAAAGACAUGACGAAGCAUAUCAUAGGGUUUUCGUCCUGGCUUUAGAUUUCAGUGAUUUUUUUUCACACUUUUACAGUUUGGUUAUGCUGGUUCCAAUUAGAGCUGCCACUAAUUGAACCUUGGCAUUUGCAUGUUUUCUUUUGUAUUUUACUGUUCUGUAAGAUAGAAAAGAACUGUUUCAUCUCAGUGCCAAAUAAUAGAGGAGAUCUACAACUUUGCAGCUCUCA